CUCUUCAUCUUCGACGACGCGGUCAUGAUUGCCGCAGCAGUCACGUACUUUGCUUUUGUUUCCGUCACCCUGGACAGCAUCAGUAUGGGCUUUGGCAAGCAUCAAUGGAAUGUCACUGUCGGCGAGGCUAUGCGUGCUCUACGCCGCGCCUACUGGGUCCAAAUCGUCUACUGCAUCGCCAUGUACACCACAAAGCUGGGUGUGCUUCUUCAGAUCAAGUCCACCUUCGACAGCAAGUCCUGCGUCUAUACCGCAAGCCUGUUCACCUGGAUCUUCCCCUGUAAUCCCAUAAAGAAGAAGUGGGACCCAUUCAUCCCAGGAACGUGCCUCCCUACUCAUGCUGGCCCGAGUCUCCUGAGCGGUAUCAUCAACCUAGUGACUGACGUUGCUCUUUUGUUCCUUCCCAUCUACGCCGUCUCACGCCUACAAAUGAGCAUCAAGAAGAAGAUUGCCGUCUCUGGCAUCUUUGGAGCUGCGCUUCUCGCAUGCGUAAGCAGUGCAGUCCGACUCCACUACACCAUCCUCCACCUCGACAGCAAAGACAAUACAUACUGGCUUGCCAUUGUCGCAGUCUGCGCCAUCAUUGAGAUUUCCGCACUUCUCCUCUGCGGCGCUUUCCCAACCUUUCCGCAUUUCGCAAAAUGGCUUGGCUAUGGCUUCAAAUGGCAGUCGACGGGAUAUACCGUCACGAACUCUGGAAAAGACUCUCGAUCAAAUCAAUCCGACACGAUCAACUUGACAGAUCGUCAACAAAAGUCUGUAGACGAUCCAGUGUAAUCCUUGUUAUUCG